AUGGCGUCCUCGAGCACAGCCCCCGUGCCGCCGCGGCGACUGUCCGUCAACACAACCGCCGGCCCCGUAAAAGACGACGAUAGCGAACUCACCCAGUCCCUCAGCCAGCUGUCGCUGCUAACAGCGGGCGACCAAAAGAAUGGCGCGCGCCGCUUGUCCGAGGGGCCUCGCCCGUUGCAGCAGUCGUCCUCCCGACGCACCUCCCGAUCGCCCGGCCAGCGCAUGCCCUCCCGAAGCCCGUCCGGACGAGAGUCGCGGCCAACGACGCCGACCUUGCUGCGCAAGGCUUCCAUGAACUCGUUGCACUCCGCCAACGGCCAUGGUCCGGGCCGCGCGCCCUCGCGCCGGUCAAGCAUGACCCAAACCAUCUCGCCCAAGAUUGCCAGGUCACCGUCGAUCGGCAAUCUGCAAGCAGAGGAACCGAAGCCGCCACUGACCGCUGCGUCGGUAGCUGCUGACUACUUCCGCUCCGAAAUGCAAAUACACCACGGCGCGGAGGCGACUCUGUCGUCCGAGACUAUUGUUAUCCUGCACGACGCCGUGUACGGCCACCGCUUCUCCCGACCUCGAACCUCGCGCAAUGCGCUGAGCACAAUUGUCGAACGGCCCGAACGAGUCAAGGCGGCUGUUUUGGGCGUAUCGCUGGCAUAUGUACGGCUCGGUGACCGCCACGACGAGGGAGCGUACCCUAUCCAUCCCAAAGCCAAGAUCCAUGAUAUCCCUAAGAUUCCGUUUCGUAUUCGGAAAUCAACACGAAAUGUGCCGUUGACAUCAGCUGCGGUCACAAACGUCCACGGGACAAAAUGGAUGGAGGAACUGAAAACGAUGUGUGACACUGCCGAAUCCAAGCUGGCCUUGGGUAGCAGAGAGCUUCAAAGGCCCGAUAACAUUGAAAGAGACGGGCCGGCGCAACCACUACAUGAAGGCGACCUAUAUCUAUGCGCUGAGUCUUUGAACGCUAUGGAAGGUGCUCUUGGCGCCGUAUGCGACGGUGUAGACGCCAUCUUUAGCCCGCGCCCUGCCCCACGACGUGCGUUUGUUGCCGUGAGACCGCCUGGUCACCAUUGCGCUGCUGCGCACCCCUCGGGCUUUUGCUGGGUGAACAAUGUUUUGGUAGGAAUCAUGCAUGGCGCGCUCACACACGGACUCACACAUGCUGCCAUUAUCGACUUUGACCUCCACCACGGCGACGGAUCGCAAGCCAUUGUUUGGCAGCACAAUGCGCGUGCCAAUGCCGCGACCAAGAACUUUCAGCAGUGGAAGAGGACAUCCAUCGGAUACUUUAGCUUGCACGAUAUUAACUCCUACCCUUGCGAGAUGGGCGACGAGGAAAAGGUCAAGAACGCCUCCCUUUGCAUUGACAAUGCCCAUGGACAGAGCGUCUGGAAUGUCCACCUGCACUCUUGGAAGACGGAAAAGGAGUUUUGGGACAUUUACGAAUCAAAGUACUCUAUUAUUCUAGAAAAGACGCGGGCAUAUUUGAAGGAACAGGCGCGGAAACUGCGCGCAGAGGGUAAAGAGCCCAAGGCAGCCAUCUUCUUUUCGGCCGGUUUUGAUGCUAGCGAGUGGGAGAGCGCAGGCAUGCAGAGACAUCAAGUCAAUGUGCCCACCGAAUUCUACGCCCGACUCAGCCAAGACGUUGUCAAGAUUGCCAACGAACAAGGCCUCCACGUCGAUGGCCGUGUCAUUAGCGUCCUGGAAGGUGGUUACAGCGACAGAGCUCUGUUCUCUGGUGUUUUCAGUCAUCUGAGUGGACUGGUUGGCGAUCAGUCUGCGCAGACAUCGGAGGCUGCCCGUGGCCUGGGCUACGAAAUGGGCCAAAAGCUGGGCACAAUUGCUGAGCCAGGGCCAGAAGCCGCCACCGCUCAGCAGCCUAUUGGACCUUCGCUGCACCGAUACGACGCCGGUUGGUGGUCCAGCCAGCAUCUGGACUCGCUCGAAUCCCUCGUCGCAAAUCCGCAAUCGCCUCCCAGGAAGCCGCGGGCAGGCACUCCUCCAACGUACUUUUCAGCCACGCAAGCGUCCUCCGCGAAAGUUAUGGACCCUGUCAAGGUGCGGCGUAGCUUAUCUGGGCUCUCGUCGACGAUCCAGCGGCCGCGCGCCGCUUCUCCCGUCGCACCUGAUGUGCCGUGGACGGUUGCGGCACACGAACUCAGCAAGAUCCUCAUCCCGAGCGAUCGGCAAGUGGACAGCUGCAAGGCCGAGGACUUGAAUGCGGAGGCAACACGCGCUAGACGAGAUAAGCAGUCCAUCCUGCUAGGCAUUCCCAUCCCGCCGACCCCCGUGCCGCAAGAACGACCGACGUCUCGCAUGGCGCUCCGCGAGCGCAAAGCCAAGAGCAGCAGCAUGUGGCCCACCGACGAAGCCAAGACACCUGCGUCGCCGAGCAAACGAUCUUCGUCUAGAGGGGCGAGGGCCAAGUCGACAGAGGUCGAGCAGGCCUUUGGUGGCCAAAAUCGGAGACGCUCGCGCCGUCUGAGCGAGACGGCAACAUCACGAAGCCCGGAAAAGGACGACGACGCUGUGCCUGUUCCGCCGCUGCCCGCAGAGUACAACGACCAGAGCAGCCGCCCGCCGACAUCGGGCAGCAGCAGCCGCGCCGACUCGAGCAUGAGCAACGCCCCUAUGAUGCAGCAGGAGCUCGCGCGGCCGCCCCCGCCGAACCUCAACGUGAAGAAGAUGCGACAGAGAGGCGCAGCAACGCCCAAGGAGACCACGACACCGAAAACACCACGCACUGCUGCUGCGCGCCGGGCCGCGACGCCGUCGAGUAAGGCCAAGACGGCCGUCAAGCCGAGACAGAAGAGCCAGCCGCCACUGUCGCCUCUCCCCGCGGCGCCGGCGUCGGAGCCACCGCUGCCCCCCGUGGAUAAGAUCACGACGGGUAUGCGCAAGAUUAAGAUUAAUUUGAUUACGCAGUCUCAAAAGGAGGCCAACGCUCUUCUCAAGCAAGAAGCUGAUGCUGCUGCAUCAGGCGCUCACGACGUAGGCCUCGCUCUGGCAGGUUCAUCGACGUCUCCUCCGUCGCAGCUCGCGCCGUCCGACGCCGACUUUCUAAGCCGCAGCAGCGCGUCGGGCCUUUCUACACCUCUCGACGAGCAGCAGUCCAUGAUUGAUUCUCCGUCGCCGCUCGAGAAAAAGGCGGCGGCGGCAGCAACGCCAGCCGAGAUGGCCACCACCCCCGUCGGUGGCGGCAGCGCAACGGCGGACCCCGGCCUGUUCAUCAGCUACCAGCCCGAAGGACCAACGCCCGUCGCCGUGAAGCGUGAGGACUCACUCAAGUGGCUGGAGCCCAACGUGUCGACGCCGUCGGCGACGGCCAGCAGCAACACGCCCGCCGCGACGCCGAGCCCCGUCAAGCAGUCGCAGCAGCAGAAGAAGCCCGCCGGCGCGUCGCAUCUGUUCCAGUAUACCUCGGGCAUACCGUUUGCGCCGCGUCCGAGCAGCAGUGGUGGUGGCGGAGACGCAGCCGCCGCUGGGGACGUGAGACCAAAGGAAGAAGCGAAGCCGAAGCCCCUGUGGGAGGUUCCUGAGACGCCGCACAGGGCAUAA